AUGAGGCGGAGGUGGCGGACGACAGAGUCACCACCGUUAUCUGGCGUCGCGGCUUUCAACGGCCUUGGUGAUGGAGAGGGAGGAAGAACCACGGCGGAGGAGAUUUGGAUUGGCGUCACCUUCAGAAGUCCAUUGACGAGUGUCGUCCAGCUCGAGCGUCAAAUUGACGCCGUCAAUCCCUUUAGGUUUAGGCCGCCAAGAAACACCGAACCCAUGGACUCCGAACAGCCCCUCCUCGCACCACACGAAAGCAGAGAUACACAAACGAUAACUAAAUGGGAGGCGUUUGUGAGGGAAUUGAACACGGUGAGCUACAUAGCCAUGCCUAUGGUGGUGGUGUCGGUGUCGCAGUACCUGCUGCGGGCCGUGUCGAUGAUGAUGCUGGGCCAUCUUGGCGAGCUCGCGCUAUCAAGCGCCUCAAUUGCUACCUCUCUUGCCAACGUCACCGGAUUUAGUCUCCUGGUCACUGUGCUUCACUUUUCCCCUCUUGGGGGCACUCCUUAUUUAAGCUUGUUUGUCUCAGGACUCAUUAUGCGCAUGACUGAAGAGUGUAAUGGGGCUGCUGAGCUCAUCAUCAAUGCAAGUGGAAUGGCUAGCGCAUUGGAGACGCUAUGUGGACAGGCCUAUGGAGCACAACAUUAUCAGAAAGUUGGAACUUUAACUUACGGGGCCAUAAUAUGGCUCUGCCUUGCAUGUUUGCCUGUCUGUGUUUUUUGGAUUUAUACAGACAAGCUUUUGAUAUUAAUCGGCCAAGACCCUGUAAUUUCUGCAGAAGCUGGCAAGUUUGCGGUUUGGAUGAUCCCUUCACUAUUUCCCUAUGCCAUUCUUCAGUCCUUGGUUCGCUACUUGCAGACCCAGAGCUUAAUAUUUCCUAUGCUUGUUAGUUCGUUGGCUUGUCUUUGUAUCCAUUUUCCUCUUUCGUGGGCUUUUAUAUUCAAGUUAAAGCUUGGAAAUGCUGGUGCAGCACUUGCUAUUUGUAUCUCAUAUUGGUUGAAUGUGAUCUUUCUUGGACUUUAUGUGAAGUAUUCUUCAGCCUGUCAGAAAACUCAUGCUCCCUUCUCAAGGAAUGUUUUACGAACGGCAGGGGAAUUUUUCCAUUUUGCUAUACCUUCUGCUGUUAUGGUUUGUUUAGAGUGGUGGACAUAUGAGCUAGUCAUAUUGUUUAGUGGGCUGCUUCCAAAUCCUGAGCUGGAGACCUCGGUGCUGUCUAUAUGCUUGACAAUUACCACACUGCACUACCUCAUACCAUAUUCUUUUGGUGCUGCUGCAAGCACUCGGGUUUCUAAUGAACUUGGAGCCGGGAAACCACAGGCAGCUCAACUAGUUCUAUCCGCCGUAUUGCUUUUGACAAGUGCUGAAAUUGUUCUUGCAACCACUGUUAUUUUCUUCUGUCGUCAUGUACUCGGAUUUUCUUUUAGUAAUGAGGAGAGUGUGGUCUCUUAUGUGGAAAAAAUGACUCCUUUCCUUUGCGUUUCCAUUGUCAUGGAUAGUUCACAAGCAGUCCUCUCAGGAAUCGCUAGAGGUAGUGGCUGGCAGCACAUAGGGGCAUGUGUUAAUCUCGGGGCAUAUUAUCUUGUGGGUAUUCCUGUUUCAUUAUUACUUGGAUUCAUUUUACACUUGAAAGGUGAGGGUCUGUGGAGUGGACUUAUAGUUGGAGCCGGAGUACAAUCUAUCUUGCUCGGCAUCGUAACACACCUCACUGAUUUGGAGAAAAAGGCAAUAGAAGCUAGGAGGAGGAUAUUUGAUGGUAAAUAUUCAUCACGGGACGAGUUGAUUUGAAGGAACAAAUUAUGAUUAUGUAAUUUGAAUGUCCAAGCCUCUCAAGAUCUCCCUGACAUGGCACGUGUGUUGUACCACAUCUAUGACAAGAUCAACAAGGCAUUAGGAGGGACGUUGAAAGUUAAAGUGCUUCUCUAAUAUGUUGUUGUAUAUCUUGGAACUUUGAAUUUACUUUGUGGUGUAAACUGAAGUAGAUAAAGAUGAGUUAGUUGAUCGAGAUUUGGAAUAGUUUCAAUUUUGUUUUUGGUGGAUUCACACGGCAGAGCACCAGUUUUCACAACUGUUUUUGGAACGAUUUUGUUUGUUGGUGUUAUGAUGAGUUGCUGAAAGAUGUUGGGUUUGGUUGGUUAUAUUUAAAUGUUUUGCUUUGUUUAAAAACAGUUUGGAAGUUUCUUAAUCUUGAC